AUGUCUUCCGAGAAAUCCGACAUUGCAGACCGAGCCGACCAGCUCUAUACAGUCGCCGCUGCCAAUGCCAUCCAAGAGGCCAAUGUUGGCGGCGCCACUGUCAACGCGCACAGUCGAUGCUUCUUCGCCGACGAGCUGGUCGAACUGGGCGGUUUGGACAGCAACAAUGCCGUCAUGCCGCUGAUCCAGUAUCUCACCAAGAACAACCUCUUCCGCACUCUCCGCCAAUCAGGCGGCAAGUUGGGAUGGAGUGUGCGUCCUCGCGAUGCUGCAAGACAAAUCAAGAACCUCGACAGAGACGAGAAGGCAGUCUACGAAGAGAUUGAAGCGGCCCACACGCACGGAAUAUGGACCAAAGAGAUCAAGAGGAAGACCAACAUUGGCGACAAUUCGAUGAAAAAGGCAAUCACGAAGCUUGAGACAACGAACUUGAUCAAGAGUAUCACCAGCAUCAAGAGCAGGUACCAGAAGACAUACAUCCUUGCACACCUCACACCGAGUGAGGAUGUGACGGGAAACAGCUUCUACGAUGCGGGAGAUCUUGACGAGUCGUUCCGAGAUGAGCUGAUGAACUUGAUCAUCUUCUGGGUACGGCAGCAUAGUUGGAAAGAACCAUCGAGAAAACACAAGGUGAAGCGUGAGCCAACGUCGCCAGUUCUCGGAGCAGAGGACAAGGAGGACGGCAGCAAGAAGCGGAAGAGGACUGCAGACAUCGAAGAACUAGGCUCACGACCUGUCAAACACCGCUCUGCUCGCUUCGACCCUGAAACCGACCACUUCACACAAGUCAUGUACAAAGCCGGCACGCACAACUACCCAACUGCCGAAGGCAUUCACGCCUUUCUCAGCACAUCCGAGGUGAUCCUCCCGACCAAGCGGAAGUCUUUGACUGUGCAAGAGAUUCAGGGAUGUAUCGACGUGCUCUGCUGGGACGAGAAGCUGGAAAAGGUUCCGACUCGGGACGGAGAAUGGGGAUACAGGACCGUACGAGGCAUCAGCCACAAACCUCCUGGUGCGGCUUACGGCGACUUCGAUGAUACCAGUGGUACUGCGUUGACACAGGCGCCGUGCGGCAAGUGUCCAGUCUUCGAUAUUUGCCACGAAGGAGGAUCAGUGAAUCCGCAGGAAUGCGUUUACUUCACGCAGUGGUUGGACAUCCCCAAGCCGUGA